UAAAUGCAUCUGGCCGGCAGCUCUAUUCUUUCUAUCUUCCUAUCAGUUAACGCAUCUUACAUAAUAGACACAAGUUCUAACAUUGCCAUAUGAGCAGGAAGGCAAGGGAAGAGGAAACCCUCGAAACGUAAACUGAUCGAUGAAUGUACCGUAGGUAGCGACUAAAAAAGUGGCAAUGACUCAAGACUGACCUUUAAACCUUUGAUCAUUAGACGAUCGAUGCAAAUUUCAGAUAGUUUUCUUUUUCACAUAUAUAAAGAAAAAUAUCUUACUAAUUAUGAAGACAGAAAUUGACGAAAAAAAUUUGACAACAUAUGAAUUUUGUGAUAGUAAGAAAUUAUUAGUCACAACACACACAAAGAAGGGAAGCUAUAUAAACACAAAACACUAAUAUUUCUGCAUGACAUUAUUUAUACAUGAAAAUAAUGGAGCAAAUGAACACUGUAGAGAUGGAACAAUCCCUCCAGAGCCGCCCCCCGUAUAGUAAACAAUCAAGAUGGAGGCCUAGGCGAUGGGGCGGCAGGAGGAACAUGUCACACCGCCUCCUCAUUUCUUCAUUUUCCCGCAGCUGACGUCUCAUGAGGGCUCGGAUUCAACCUAAACAAUGGCCACUGCAUCUGACGCGGAGUCGGAGCCCCGCAGGAGCCACCACAGUAAUGACUGGGAGGAGUUUUGUGACAAGCAGGCAAGAAUGGCCGCCGUCAAAUUUGUGAGAUCAUGGAAAGUGUUUAUCGCCCUGCAGUCUCAGUUUAGGGAUAUAGAUCACAAAGACUUGGCGCAGAAAUUCGCUGAGAUUUUCCCUGUUCACUUGGAGCAUGCCCUUCGGAAUCCCCCCAAUGGCGUCAAGGUGCGGAAUGGAGUGGGAGGGGGCGGCGGGGGCGUCAGCACCAGGUCGGCGUCAGCUGAUGACAUCCUAGAGGCAGCUGAGAGUGAUGAGGGGGGCGAGUCUCCCUCUCCCAAGGUUACCCACAGGCCCUUCUUCCGUCGUCUGUCUUUCAAGGGACUGAAGAAAGGCAAAAUUUUCCACAAGCAGCACUCAGACGAAGUGGAACUCUCGCCUCAUCACGAGAAGCAGGCCAAGGGCGAGAGGCCCAAGGCACGUGUGAUGAAGGUGGCAGUGGAGUGCGUGAGGGAGGGCCCGGCACACCUUCUCGCUGGAGACACUCAGGAGGGGCGGCCACACUGGCUUAAGUGUCGCAUGGCCCUCGUCAAGGUGGCUGCUGGGCACAUGCUAGAGUUCUAUGCGCCGCCAAAAAGUAUGAAACCUCGCACAGGGGUGUUUUGCAUAUCAAUAAAUGAAGCUCGUGAAACUACAGACUUGGAGAUGCCAGACCACAGAAACACAUUUGUUAUCAAGGCAGACAGUGGCAGUGAGUGGGUGGUGGAGGCCCAAGAUCAGGAAGAUAUGAAGACUUGGCUCACCACCAUUGUUGCCCACUGCUGCUCCAAUGACAAAGAACAGUCCAAAAAUUAUGAGCUGCGACCACAAAUGUACAGUGUAAAGAAUGAAUCAUCUCAGUCAUUAACUGGUGGUGGGGAGGUGUCAGAGCGACAGGAGCACCCUCCCGACCUUCCUCCCAGAGUCCCUGGCACUACCUCUCCCAGUUCUCAGCAGGCUUCUUCUCUCAUAGUGGCCAGACAGAACAAUUUCUCCCGGUCUCAGAAUGGACUUGGAGACUAUUCCAAUGAAGAUGCAGUCAACCUCCGUGUGCCUCCAGAGGUGGACUUUUAUUCCACCCUUCGAGACUACCCUUGGUUCCAUGGAACACUCUCACGGUGUGAUGCAGCCUCAGCUGUUCUACAGGAAGCAGUGGCUGGCCAUGGGGUCUUCCUGGUCAGGCAGAGUGAAACAAGGAAGGGGGAAUAUGUACUUACCUUUAAUUAUCAAGGAAGAGCAAAGCAUCUCAGAAUGACUAUCAACCCAGAUGGAGCUUGUAGGGUCCAACACUUAUCGUUUGCUACAAUAUUUGACCUCUUAGAAUACUUUCGUGACAACCACAUCCCAUUGGAGUCUGGAGGGACAUCUGAUGUCACCCUGUCCGAAUUUGUUAUAGCCGCUGAUUAUACAGCACAGUCUAGCCAGGGUGGAACUGAACGCAGACCUCUGAACCUUCCCGACACCCGAGAGGUCACCACUCAUGGGGGGUCAGUGCGCAUGACCACCUCUGCACUAGAGAGACUCCAGUAUGAACAAAGCAACUCAGGUGGGUCUGCUGGGAGGGCUGUGGAGAAUACUUACACUUUUACCUGAAGACAUCUUAACUGAAGCCCCUUAGGGAUACUACUUAAUACUCAGUAAGUGGCAGGUUUGUGUACUUAUCAGCAAUUUCUGAGUUUCCUCAUAAGAAGGAAUUUUUGAAACAUCUCUAUCUCAGAAAAUAAGGACAAGGUAUGUCUAAGGGCAGCUCAAAGUGUGUGAUGAAUAGUUAUGGAAUGUGUGCACACACCAAGGUUUGUCCUGCAGAAUUCACUUAUCUGAAACUGAUAUACUCAGAAGACAUUUUCAGGUUGUGUUUUAUAAGUACUGUCACCCUUUUUACAAUGAGUGUCCUGUGUAAAAAAUGCAGUCUGGCAUAUAGUUGCAUUAAAGAUAAUGUUUGUUAUGUGAAAAUGUGUAACAACUGCACAGAUAUUAGUCUGUCAUGAAGUGGAGUUGUAAUAUAAACUGCAUUGUAAGCAAGUGGCACUGGUGGUAGCUAUCCCUUUGGAAAACAUUCAAAGGCAAUUAUCAUGAAUACAGUUCUUCCACUUUUAUAAUGAGCACAAAAGUCUAAUGAAUGAAUGAAAAUGCUCAAAUGUAGUCUGUCUCUAGUAUUUGACACAAAUUUACUUUGAUACCUGCAAAGACUUAAAUUGCCCUCAGAAGAAAGACUUAAGAUAUUUUUUUUGCUCACUCUAGUUCUUGUUGAAGCAAGGUGCAGGCAAAUCAAUGCUGCUUUAGUUUAUUUGGGUCACCUGUCUUUGUCAGAGAUGGCUUAGGGCAGCAACAUAGCACCAUAGGAUUUGCUGGUUCCUCAGUUUUGUACAUGGUGGUGCAUCACAGAAGCAGAUCUGAUUCUCCUCUAGAGUUACAUUGUCACAUAGAUCAUUGACCUCCUGCAUAUUGCUUAAUUUGAGGUUAGUAGAGUUGAUGUGUAUUUAUUUUAAAAGUGACAGUUUUUAUUCAUAAUAAAUUUAUUUCUGUCACAUUACUACAUACAUGAUUAGGAAAUUAUCUCAAAUUCUACUCGUCUACUUACAUAACUUACUUUUAUUUUCAAAUGAAUGUUUGUUGUGUCCUUAUUCACAGUAGCCCAUGAUUUAUGAGUCACUGUUUACGUGUAUGUUCUGAUGUUUUAUUUGUAGCCCUCUGUUGGUGUAUGCCUAAUUAUAAUCAUAAAAGUUACAAUUGUGGCUAUAAUCAAGUAGAUACUGAUAUGCAGUUAAAACAUGAUAAUGCUGUAGUACUAUCCUUUGUUGUAUUCCAAGAUCUCAGUGUGAAAUUAGUUUUAUGCUGUGACCUUCAUGAUCCCCUUAUGAGAGUCCUGUGCUGGUUGGUGGUGAAGGAUGACCAGCAGGACAAAAGCCAGGCAGGAGUUCAGUGACUAGUGCCACAUACUCAGUUCUUUAUUUAUUUACUUACUAUUGUUUCUUUUAUAUAUAUUUAAAUAUUUUUAUUUUAUAUUAGGUGAUACCUGUUUAUAUAUGAAUACUUUUUUAUUUUCUUUUUAACCAUAUUGCUGCAAUCGUAACAUGCCAUGAUUAUUUCUUUACAAAGUAUAUAUGUGAGGCACCCUUUAUAUUCACAAACUCUUUUUUUCACAUAUGUAUUUCUGUUAACUGGAAAAUUUUCAAUGGCUGGAAGUAAUUAGAAUGGGAAGUGUGAAAAAAUAUCUUCCAUUGCUUUGAAGCUCAUUGUCAGUGUAAUUUUGAAGCUGGUAUUUAUUCCGUCAUCAAUACUGGAUGGACAUUGGAAAGAUAAAAAGAUGAAUAACUGAUUGUACUGCAGAUAAUAUUUCACCACCUGAUCCAUCCACCCUUUUCUAGGAAAUGUCGACGAAUACCUAGUAGGAAUUUUAUUUUAGUUAGUUUUGACCUUGAAGAUGAGAGUACUUUAGUGAUGGUAAUACAUUCAAGGUAUUUUAUUCUUUGUACUGGCAUGUCACUGUUUCAGUUCUGGUGUGGUUUGACAGUUUGGAUGUCAUCUCAUACCACCAAUAUUAGCUAAAACCAUUAAAUUCACACUGAAAUUUGAGCUCAUCCAAAUACACAGUAGAUAUAUACUUAUACAGUGGGUACUCUUGUGUGAGAUAUUUUGUUCUGAGAAUAAUGUAAACUUCAAAGUUGAUGUAGUAUUGUGAUGAUGCUUCUUGUCCUGGUGUUUAUGAUGAAUCUGACUGAUUUUAUUCUUUCAGUUUUUAUCCCCUUAGGAGCUUCAUGAUACCUUAAAAUCAUUUCUCAUUUUACAUUAUAUGAAUAGUCUGAUGAUGUCAUAAAGAAAGACUGCAAAAUAAAAACUACUCACUUUUCAUUACGCUGUGAAGAAAUGCUAUAUCAUGAAAGGAACCAGCCCUGUAUAGUUUUGUAUUGCUCUUACCAUUUCUAUGUGAUAAGACAAGUGCACUAAAUGCUACAUAAUGGAGCCAAAUUGUAAUAUCGUACUGCAUAUUUAUGUUAUUCAUAGUUGUGAACGUUAAGGGUGCCUAUGUGUGAGUGCAUGCAUGGUAUGUGUCUUUCCCUGUGCAUGUGUUAGUGUUUCUGCACACACAUACACAGCAUGAUGUAGUGGUUAGCACGCUUAGCUCACAACCAAGAAGGCCUGGAUUCGAGUCCCAGGUGCAGUGAUGCAAAAGGGCAAACCUCUUAAUGUGUAACCCCUGCUCCUUUAGCAACAAGUGGUAUGAGUUGUACUCCAAGAGGUUGUGGCCUCGCUGUACCAGUGUGUGGUGUUUGGGUUGUCUCAGUCCUAUCCAGAGAUUGGUCUGUAUGAGCUGUGAGCUCUUUCUGUAGGGGAAUAACUGGUUGGGUGACCAGCAGACAACUGUGGUGAAUUACUCACACACACACACACACACACACACACACACACACACACACACACACACACACACACACACACACACACACACACACACACACACACUACAUUAAGAUGAUUACUUACUGCAGUUACACUUUCAUGAGUAGUGGGAUAUUAGGAUACAUUUUAUAUUUUUCCUAGUAUUCUCACAUAUUAUGUUGGCACAUUUCAUGAUAAGUGGCACACAAGUUAAUAGUGAUUCAUAACUUUACUUUAGAAAAAGAUAUUGGAAGGUGUGUAACAAGUAUUGACAGAGGCCUUGAUGUCGUUAUGGUAAAACCUUUUACUUCCUUUUUGACAUACAUAAACAACAGUUUAUAAUUGAUUUUUAGUUUAGUCAUGGACAAGCAAAAUGCUCAACAUAAUUACUCAACUUAGCAACAGUUUUCACUUACGGUUAUUAAUUUUUCUCAGUUCUUGUACACGUAACCUUUAUGUAAACAACAGAAAUGCAAUGCAAAAUUAAAAGUACCUCUUUGCUGCCAUGUGACAAAAUAAGACACUAAGGAGACAAGCAAGGUCAAGCUCUUAUACUGCAUACUGCAACAUUUUGGUAACUGCUCAGUUUGCUAUGCAUCUUGUGAACAUGGAGAGCUAAGCCUGACUUUGAUUUUUUUAAUUGCCUAUUUUUAGAGUUCUGUAGAAGUGAUGUAUUCUCACUUGGACUGGUUCCAGUUUGCAUGUUUAUAAUGCUUUGUAGGAUGGAUAGGGUGUGUGUGUGUGUGUGUGUGUGUGUGUGUGUGUGUGUGUGUGUGUUAAAGAGAGAGAGAGAUGAAUUGGAUGUGUCUAUAUCCUUAAUUCGUUUUUUAAUACUAUUUGAGAUCCAAAUGUUUGGAAAUUAAAGCUGCCAAAAACUGUUUGUUCACAUAGAGGCUCUUAAAUGGGAUAACAUUCAAACUUAUUUCAAAAAUUGAAUUACUAUCUCACAUAGUUUCAUCUCCAAAUAUGGUGGUACCUUGAGAUACAAGUUUAAUUCGUUCUGUUACGGAGUUCGUAUCUCUAAACAAUUUUUCCCAUUGAAAUGCAUUGAAAUGCCAUUAAUCCAUCCCAGCCUCCCCAAAAAGAGCACCCUCAAUAUUUUUACAUGUUUUUAGGCAAAAAAGUUAUUUAUAAAUAAUAAUUUUUGUAUAGAAACAUGAUGAAAUAUAACAAAAGUGAAUAUAAAUAGAUAAAUUAAUUUUAUAAAGUAUAUUUAUCUGGGAGAGGUGCAUUCCACGGGACGUUACUCUAUCACAUCCCCACUUUCACGUGUGUAUGUCGAUCAGCUGGAGUGUGCAAAUAUAGCCACCGUAGAAGACUGUCUGCUCUAUUAAUCACAAAAGAGCGUGUUGACAACCCUGUAAACAUUAUUCAUAGAAUAAAUGAAGUUUUAAAUAAGCAAGAGAGAGAGAGAGAGAGAGAGAGAGUGGUUGCGCUGUCACUGCCACAGAGGUUUGUUUACAUUGUUUCUCCUAUCGGUGAUAAGUAUCGGUGGAGGAGGUAGGCAGAGAUGGGAGAAAUUUGUUUUGCUUUUUCACUUACAUAUACUUUAUUAAUGCAUAGAAAUAUCUAAAAUAAAAGCAAAAGUUUAUUUAGUGUUCUUACCUUGGAGACAGGUGUUUUUUGGCUAAUGGUGGUGAAUAGUGGAGGAGAAGGAGCGAGGGAGAGAGGAAGGAAGGGAUGGAGGCACCAUUCACAUGUAAACAUUAAAUAUAAAUUAAAA